GGCUGUAAAUUGUAAUAAACCACUCAGGCUGCAUUCAAUAGUAUUAAAUUACGGCACAUGCACAAUUUAACUUAAACUUUCCUAUAAUCCAAUUUAUUUGUGGAAGUUCAUCAUCGUCGGCGUGACUAAUUCUAGUAUUCGUGGUUUUUAAAAUUGUGACAGUGUAUUUCUGUGUAUAUCAGAUAAUUUUUUUUUAAUCAAUUUUUACUUACAUUUAAUCGCCAUGUUUGAAGCAAGACUUUUAAAGAGCGGACAGCUCAAGAAAAUUUUAGAAGCCAUUAAGGAACUGCUUAAAGAAGCUACUUUUGAUUGUUCUGAUUCGGGUAUUCAGUUACAAGCCAUGGAUGAUGCUCACGUCAGUUUGGUGUCUAUGUGUUUAAAGAGCGCCGGGUUUGACAAAUUUCGUUGUGAUCGUAAUCUCUCAAUGGGUAUCAAUUUGGAAAGUAUGGUUAAAAUUAUGAAAUGUUCAUCAAAUGAUGACAUAAUGACCAUUAAAGCUCAAGACAAUGCCGACACCCUUUCAAUCAUGUUUGAAACAGCUAAUCAAGAAAAAAUGUCCGACUAUGAAAUGAAACUUAUGAAUUUGGAUCAGGAACAUCUUGGUAUACCUGAAACAAAUUAUUCUUGCAUAAUCAAAAUGCCUUCUGCUGAAUUUGCAAGAAUAUGUAGGGAUUUAAGCCAGUUUGGGGAGUCAGUCAUUAUAUGUUGCACCAAAGAAGGAGUUAAAUUCUCAACAUCUGGCGAUAUUGGAUCAGCCAACAUAAAAUUAUCACAAACUGCAUCUUUUGACAAAGAAGAAGAUGCUGUGACUAUUGAGUUGCAACAAGCUGUAUCGUUAACGUUUGCUUGUCGUUACCUGAAUUUGUUUUGUAAAGCAGCUCCGUUGUCACCACAGGUUAUUUUGUCAAUGUCUGGAGACGUGCCUUUAGUAGUUGAGUAUCAAAUUGAAGAACUAGGACAUAUUCGGUAUUAUUUGGCUCCUAAAAUUGAAGAAGAUGAUUAAUCUUGCAAUGAGUAAUACACUUACAUGAUAAAUUAAAUUUUAAUAUUUAAGCCACCAUUUUUUUUUUAUACUUAUGUUUCCUUUUUAGAAUAAUUUUUUUAAAUUUAUAUUCGUUAUUUACAAUAUUAUGAUAAAAGUAAAAAAAACAAGUUACUAGAAGAUACCUUAUAUAUAGUAAUUGUUAUAUGGAGUAACUGAGCAUACAAUAAAAUUACAUUUUUUAAGUAUUACAAA